UUAUUUUUCUGCAAGGUGGGAGACUUUGGUUUGGCAAGAUGGCAACCUGAUGGGGAGACUGGAGUUGAAACGAGAGUAAUCGGAACAUUUGGGUACUUGGCUCCUGAAUAUGCUCAAAGUGGACAGAUCACAGAAAAGGCGGACGUUUACUCAUUUGGUGUGGUACUGGUCGAACUUGUUACUGGACGUAAAGCAGUUGAUCUUAACAGGCCUAAAGGCCAGCAAUGUCUAACUGAAUGGGCACGUCCUUUAUUGGAUGCUUAUGCCAUCCGUGAACUGGUCGAUCCACAGCUCGGGAACAAGUACUCAGAACAUGAGGUGUACUGCAUGUUACAUGCCGCUUCUUUGUGCAUACGCCGGGAUCCUCAGGCGAGGCCUCGCAUGUCUCGGGUGCUUAGGAUACUUGAGGGUGAUGUUAUUAUGGAUUCAAAUCGAAUGUCCAUACCUGGGUAUGACGUGGGCAGUCGGAGUGGCAGGAUCUGGUCAGAUUACCAGCUGCCACACGAACGACAUAGUGGUCCAAUGCUAAACGAGGCAUUGGAAGGAUUUAAUUCUAAAUUGUCACUCAGCACAAGAUCUAACUUCUCGGAAAGAGACAAGGCCAGGACUUCGUAUAAAGACGAUCUGUGAAUGGCUUUCAACAUGAACUUUGGGCACAAUAUUCCGUCAAUAGUACGUCUGCUGGUCAUUUUUGUUCAAUGCCAUUAAGAUUUUGUAUUUUGUAUAGCAUUCGCAUCGACAAAUUCUGUAAUUCGACCAGAAAUUGGUUUGAUAGCCAUUGACCAGUUUAGAACUAGUCUACAUGUUAUUGGUUGGAUGGAUGGAAGCAAUCUUAGCAAUGAUGUGAAUUUUUUUGUGAGGUUUAAUUUCUCUCUCUGUGGUUCAGAUAUUCAGUUCUUGUAAACACAGAUGCAGCUUAAAUCCCCAAAACUAUUCUGAGUAAAAUUUCGAGGAAUUCCCUCU